GGGAAGAGACUGCCCUUGAUGGACAUUGAGCUACACGAGCAAUUCAAGAAAACAUUUGGUUACACAAAAGCUAUAGAGUGCAAGACUGUGGCAUUUGGGCUGAAGGCAGCAGAAGAGAUAGAAGUGGGGGGGUUUCACUCACUGAGUCGCAGGAACCCGACAUCCCAGCUGCACGUUCUUGAUGAGCAGGGUCUCUCUCUGCUUCACCAUGCUGCAGCCAACAACCAAUCACACAUCAGCCUCCAGCUCGCUGCAGCAGGAGUCAACCUCAACCAGAUACGCAGCGAGAGAUUCUCUAACUCAGUUUCAGGAAAAUCAGGUGUUGGAGGUCCAUUCAUAGAAGGAACAGGAUAAGGGGCUCACUCCAGUGCACCUCGCUGCACAACGUGGCUCCCUUGAAUCCCUAAACUGUCUUUUAGCACUGCCAGCGGACUACAAACUUGUGGACAAGAGGGGUUGGAUGGCUAUUCAUUUUGCAGCCUUUUACGGCCAAGUGGCAUGUAUUUAAGCACUAUGUAGGAAAGACCCUGCGUUAUUGGAGAUGA